AUGUCAGAUCUACCGAAACCCGUCCACCAACGCUUUCGACGCCCCGCGCCUCCUUACGUGGUUAUUACGCUUUCUUCAGAAAUAAAUAUUUAUCAAUCACCUCUAUCCAAGCCAUUGAUUACUAUUACUAUUGUUCUUGUGCUCAAUCAUACUGAAAUUGAGAUCCUCGAUUUAAUCGACCCUAGCCUGCGUUCACCCACCAUUCAUCGAGAUGCUACCAGCCAACGGUAUCUACAUGUACAGCGCGAGUAG